GGAGGAGGAAGAACUGGGCCGAACAGGAGUCUAUCUUCUAGCAGUUUCAUGUGACUUUUUUCUCUAACUGAUCACCAGUCAAUCAGAACAUACUUCAAACAUACCCCCUUACUAAAAGAACAUGGCCAAGGGCGGGAAAGGCCCCAAGGGUAAAAAGAUCACCCUCAGUGUGGCCAAGAAUUGUAUCAAGAUCACAUUUGAUGGGAAGAAACGCCUUGACUUGAGCAAGAUGGGAAUUACCACCUUUCCCAAGUGUAUUCUGCGACUCAGUGAUGUAGACGAGCUCAACCUUAGCCGGAAUAUGAUCAGGAAGAUUCCUGACUCAAUCUCCAAGUUCCAGAACCUGCGGUGGCUGGACUUGCACAGCAACUAUAUUGACAAGCUCCCUGAGUCCAUCGGCCAGAUGACCUCUCUGCUCUACCUCAAUGUCAGCAACAAUAGGCUGACCACCAAUGGGCUGCCUGUGGAGCUCAAUCAGCUCAAGAAUAUCCGCACUGUGAAUUUCGGUCUGAACCAUCUGGACCGCGUGCCCACCACGCUAGGCGCUCUGAAGGAGCUCCAUGAGGUGGGGCUCCAUGACAACCUGCUGAGCACCAUCCCCAACAGCAUCUCCAAGCUCCCCAAGCUGAAAAAGCUCAACACAAAGCGAAACCCCUUUCCCAAGCCAGAGGAGCCGGAUCCGUUCAUAGAUUCCGUCAAGAGGCUGGACAACCUAUAUCUGGUGGAGGAGAAGGAUCUAUGUGGGCCUUGCCUGAGAAAAUGCCAACAGGCCCAGGACAAGCUGAGCAAAAUCAAAAGCAUGGCCACGGCGGCACCGAGAAGGGCCAUCUUUUCCAGUUUGGUCUCACCCAACUCCAUGGCCAAGGAAUCCCAGGAAGAUUGGAGGUGACCUGGGACCCUGAUCCUAAGGCAAGAAGGGAAAAGGGAGGGAGGCAAGAUGACAAUGGGCUACAGCCUCACAAAACUGAGGGAUUCUUCCGUUACUGCAAUAACUCCUCCAGCCAAGUCCAUAAAAUACCUUUCCCUACCUC